UUAUAAAAGCUAACCGGUUCGAAACUUGAUUGGUAGAAGUCUUUUCAAGAUGCUGAAGUUUGGAGCUUUGUUGAUGAUCUGCUUGGCCGUAGCCAAGGCCAGUCCUGUGCUGUUAGGACAGGAUGCCGAGCCGGAAAGCCGAAUGGCCGGUGGACAAGACGCACCAGAGGGUGAUUUCCCUUAUCAGGUAUCUCUUCGACUAGGAGGCAUUCACUAUUGCGGUGGUGCAAUCCUGAACCAACGAUGGAUCAUAACGGCUGCUUCUUGUGCUUCCGGAGUAGCGCCAAGUGCCCUCGAGAUCGUUGCUGGAACUUACAGUUUGAGCAAUGGUGGAACUAGUCAUACUGCUGAUCGAAUUGUGAUCCAUCCUAACUUCGAGAUCGAAAGUUUGACCAACGACGUUGCAGUAGUCCGAGUUCGGCAACCAUUUAUCAUAUCCAGUUCCGUUCUUGCCCUCCAGAUGGGUAGAGACCGCAUGAGCAUCAGCUAUGGAGCGAUCGUUUCCGGCUGGGGUAGAGCUGGGAUGGAUUCUCCUGCAAUCUCCGAUCGGUUGCAGUAUCACGCAACCAACAUCAUCACCAACACCGAAUGCCAGGCACGUAUGGAGUCUCCUUACUACGAGCGUAUCAACGAUUCCGUCAUGUGUACCUCGAAUCCGGAAGGCGUGGGUAUUUGUUUGGGCAAUGCUGGAGGACCUCUUGUGUUCGGUGGCGAACUUGUUGGCGUUGUGUCUUGGAGCAUUCCCUGCGGACUGGGGCUUCCGGAUGUUUACUCUCGUAUCUCGGUUCACCGAGGAUGGGCUUUGGUCCACACCAUGUUACCUUAAGAAACUCGUCUUAAAUAAAAAUGACAUAUUC